AUGACAAUGCUAGGUCUAGUUGCCAGGUUGAGGUGUCCAGUCGGGAAACAGGAUAAAGCGGCUCCGUCCACCGCAGGAUUCAGCUACGAGAAGUGGGAGAUUGACCCCAGACAUUACUCCAUGUUUCUCCCCCCUCUCCCCCCUAUAGAGAAGUGGGAGAUUGACCCCAGCGAGCUGACCUUCAUGAAGGAGGUGGGCUCUGGGCAGUUUGGGAUGGUGAGGCUGGGGAAGUGGAGGCAUCAACACCGAGUGGCCAUCAAGGCCAUCAGAGAGGGAGCCAUGUUGGAAGAGGACUUCAUCGAGGAGGCCAAGGUCAUGAUGAGGCUGUGCCACCCUAAGCUGGUGCAGCUGUACGGCGUCUCUCUGCUGCAGCGCCCCCUGCUGAUCUACCUGGAGAACCAGAGCUUUCUCCACAGGGACCUGUACCUGGAGAACCAGAGCUUUCUCCACAGGGACCUGGCAGCGAGGAACUGUCUGGUGAACGAGCAGAACGUGGUGAAGGUCUGCGACUUCGGGAUGACCAGGUACGUGUUGGAUAAUCAGUACACCAGCUCCGGUGCGACAAAGUUUCCAGUGAAGUGGUCUCCUCCUGAAGUCCUGCACUACAGCAAGUACAGCAGCAAGGCCGACGUCUGGUCCUUCGGUGUGGUGAUGUGGGAGAUCUACUCAGAGGGGGCGACUCCCUUUGAGUGCCGGUCUAACGUGGAGGUUGUCAUGGAGAUCACGAGAGGAGGAAGACUGUACCGACCUCACAGAGCAACACAAGCAGUUUACAGCAUCAUGUACCGCUGCUGGCACGAGAAGCCUCAGGGUCGCCCGUCCUUCUCCGAGCUCCUGGAGGACAUUAGGAAACUGGCAGAAAAUACGGAAUAAUCCACACUUUAAUUGUAUAUAUCGCUGAUUAUUAUUAUCAAACUAUUCUUCUGAAUGUACACAGAUUAUGUUUUUGUUUA